AUGGCCCACAAGCUCAUGAUGUGGGGCGCCAUAGAGGACGACGGCACGCUGCUGGCAGCAGGGCAGCUGCGCACUACGCCAGCAUACUCCGGCACAGGAUACGUGUACCUGGAAGCCGACACCAUCCCAAAGCGGCUGCAGCAGAUAGUGGACAACUUCAACGCGGUCGAAAGCUCCACCGACGCCGUGCCAAGCCACCUUGCAGCGGAGCUGUUGUACCGCUUUGUCACGCUGCAUCCAUUCAAGAACGGCAACGGGCGCAUGGGCAGGCUGCUGGCAGCUUAUGCGGCACGCGCAGCGGGCGUGCCCUUCAUGCUGCACUUGUCCAACGGGCACAGCAAAGCGCCCCAGCACUACCAGCAGGUGUUGCGCCAUGCCGACAAUCACGCGCGAGACACCUCGAGCCUGCAGAGCUUCAUCCUGGAGUGCAUGCAUUUGCAGUGGCAGAACGCAGUGACGUACGCAGGAUUGCCUGUGCAGGAUGCUGCUGCCCGGUGA